AUGGAAUCUAAGAAAAAUUGUAUGACAGUGAAACCAUACCUCUGUACUGAAUGUGGGAAAGGCCACACUUGUAUUGAAUCCCUGAUCCAGCAUCAGAAAACACAUGUUGGAGAGAAACCUUAUGAAUGUAAAAUACGUGGUAAAUCCUUCACCUGGAACACUAACCUUAUCCAAUAUCAAAGAAUACAUCCUGGAGAGAACCCUUAUGAAUGCAAUGAAUGUGGGAAAGCUUAGAGCACUAAACUUAUUCAGCAUCAAAGAGCCCAUACUGGGGAGAAACCUUAUGAGUGUAAUGAAUGUGAAAAUGCCUUUAGUCAUAGGUCAUCCCUUAGAAAUCAUGAUAGAAUCCAUACUGGAGAAAAACCCUAUCCUUGUAAUGAAUGUGGGAAGGCCUUCAGUCAUAUCUCUGCCCUUACUCAACAUCAUAGAAUUCAUACUGGAAAGAAACCAUAUGAAUGUAUUGAAUGUGGAAAAACCUUCAGCCACAGCACCCACCUAAUUGAACAUCAGGGAAUUCAUUCUGGGGAAAAAUCCUACCAGUGUAAGGAAUGUCGGAAAGUUUUUUGUCACAGUAUGUCACUAAUCCGACAUCAGAGAACCCACACAGGAGAGAAACCAUAUCAAUGAAAUGAAUGUGGGAAAGCAUUAAGCCAUACCCCAGCCUUCAUUCAACAUCAAAGAAUUCAUACUGGAGAAAAACCCUAUGAGUGUAAUGCAUGUGGAAAGGCCUUCAAUCAGAGUGCACAUCUUACUGAACACCAGAGAACUUAUACCGGAGAGAAGGCUUGUGGUUGUAAAGAAUGUGGAAAAACCUUCAGUUGAAGUACACACCUUAAUGAGCAUCUAAAGAUUCAUUCUGGUGUGAAACUAUGUAAGAAAUGUCAGAAACUGUUUUGCUGUAGAACCUCACUAAUUCGACAUCAGAGGACGAAUACAGGAGCGAAACUCUACCAGUGUAAUGAAUGUGGGAAAUCUUUCAGCUUAAGUUCUAAACAUAAGCAAAUACAUGCAAGAAACUCUAGGAUUGUUAUGUGA